GACGUCGAACAUUAUUCGGAUUGACCUCCUGUAAUUGAUACACUAACCUUGCGCGUUUUCAACAUCUAUCUUGACGUAUGCCAACUUCCGAAAGAGAUUCAGCGUCACCAAGGUUGCUGAGACUCCGAGCACAGACGUGCAGCCUGCACCAACAGCUCAGCAUGUGGCUCACCAGCGACAUGCCAACAAUGCCGCUGGGUAUGUUGCUUGAGGUCUGUACCUUCCGCUGCUGUCUGAGAAGCCGGAUUCACGUUCAACUGUCCUUCACAGACGUCCGUCCAUUUACUAUAUCGAUCGUGUCUUUGUUCAUAUAUUCAUAUAUUGCCUUUGCAGGCGUUUCAUUUAGAAAGCAAGUCCGGACAAAGACGACAUGUAUUACCAUCCAGGUGGUAGAGCCUUCAUACCGCGGCCCCUCUCAUGGCUGAUUCUGCGGUCAUCGCUGAUGCGCAGGAAGCGGCACCAUCAACGCAACCUCAGCAAGGGCAUCAGAGUUGUGCGAGAAACUUGUUCGAUCCUGCUAUUCUCAGAUACAGGCUCAUCUCGCAAGGCUCGUCAGUGAAAUUUCUGUGCUUAUGUCGUGCCUGGAGAACAAGGGA